CGAAACGAAGUCGUGAGAUUUGCCCAGAGUUCCAAGCUCUCCCCAAGUCGGAGCUUGUUGGUUGUUAUUGAUUGCGCACUCCAAGCUCCAAUGGCCUGCAAUCAUUUCUCUCUCUCUAGAAUCAAAACUUCCUUUCUCUCUCUCUACAACUCUCCUCUCUCCUCCAUCGUUCCAAAGAGAAUCAGAUUUUCAUUACGUUCUCUAACACACAGUCCAAUCAGAUACAGUUCUCUCACUGUAACUGCGACUACUUUUACUUGGGACGACGUCUUUCAAAUUUCUCAAACACAAAAUGGCUCAUCAGAUCUCCAUGGCUUCUUCGAAAAAAUCAGACUCUGCAACCGCGGCUCCGAGAAGCAAUCGGAGUUCAUUCCGUUUGUUAUUGAAGAUCAAAUCGUUGGUUAUGUUCACAAAGGUUUUGCUGAACAUUUAAGGAGGUUUCAGGAUGUGUUUAGUUUUCCCCAAAAUAAUUCAUAUGGCAGUCAUUUUGGUGUCCAUGUCACACUGCAUCCAACGUUGAGGACACCAGAGGAUAGGACUAGAGCUGUUGGAGAUGUAGUCAAAUGCCUAGGGGAAGAAUUGAUUCCAGGUAUACGGAAUGAGCUCUACCCUGUCGUAUCUUCCUUUGGGACACCAGUAUUUUUCUCAUUGGAACGUGCAGCAGCUCCUUACUUUGGUAUAAAGGCAUAUGGAGUUCACAUGAAUGGCUAUGUUGAAAGAGAUGGGCAGAAAUAUCUAUGGUUAGGGAAGAGAAGUGAAGUAAAACCCACCUACCCAGGGAUGCUUGAUCACCUAGUUGCUGGAGGACUGCCUUAUGGGAUUCCCUGCGGGCAGAAUCUUGUGAAGGAAUGUGAGGAGGAAGCUGGCAUUCCAAGUUCCAUUUCCAAUAAAGCUAUACCGGUUGGUGCUGUCUCCUACAUGGACAUUGAUGGGUAUAGAUACAAGAGAGAUGUUCUAUUUUGUUAUGAUUUAAAACUUCCUGAAGGUUUUAUUCCUAAGAAUCAGGAUGGAGAGGUGGAGAGCUUCAAAUUGAUCCCCGUAACAGAUGUUGCAAAUGUUAUUUCAAGAACACAGUUUUUCAAAUCAAAUUGCAAUGUUGUCAUCAUCGAUUUCUUGUUUCGACAUGGAUACAUUAGACCUGAAGAUGUUGGAUACUUGAAGCUACUACAAAGUUUGCGGAGUGGUGAUUGCUUCUAAAUGUUUUUGUCCUUUUGUGUGAAAUUACAAUUAUGUCGUUUCAAAUUUCAUAAAUAGCGAUGACAAUGAGUUAAAUUUGGAGGUCACAAUGGGUCAGUUUUGAGCGUAUGACGUAAGGAAAGAUAAAAAAAAGAAGCCAAGUUUGUCAUACAAAUUAUUCAAUUAGUUGUUAGGUUCUUGUGUCAUACUCUCUUUCAAUGUUUCUACCAUUGCCUUUUUUUUUUUUUUUCGAAAAUAAAAUAUCCUUCUCAAUGA